UCAUGAAGAAAAUAAAUAAGAAAAUACCCGGAAUUUUACCGCCUCCACCUAAGACAGAAAUUGAUGGCAAAAUCAUUGAUUUAUCAACGAAAACCGUCCAAGAAUUGAGAGAACUUAGUGAGAGACAGUUAAAACUUCUUAAUAACAAAUCUUUUAUAAAUAAAUUAGCAGAUAAAGGAGAUAAAAUCCAGUCGUUUUAUAAUAAAAUAGCUAGUACAUUAAAAGAGAAGGAAGAGGAAGAACAGACAUGUCGUUUGUUUAAUGGUAUGAAACUUGAUAGUUCAGCCGUGGAGAGUGUGGAAUGGGAAGGAAAACUUACAAGUAAAAGUGAUGAAUAUCUAGAUUCUGAUGACAAUAGUGAACCUGAGGAUGUUCUACACAUUCUCAGUCAAAGCACAUCCCUAGAAAAACAAGUGAAAGUCUUAAAGCCUGAGAAAUCUACAAUAACAGCAAUAGACUUGGCAGACAUUAGUGAUGUACCACAUGUAAAGUAUUUAGUUGAUAAAACUGAACACAAUGUGAAUAUAAAACAGUUAGAACAGUUCAAACCAUACAAGACAACAAAAUCAAAUGUACAUGAUCCUGAAAAAGAGGUCCGUAGGAAAAAACAUAAAAACUGGGAAGUCACUGCGGCAACACCACCACCUAUUGUGCAUGGUCCAGCAAAGUUAUUGUCCUUAGAGGAAUCAUUGAAACUCCAACAAUCAUAUAAUACACAUUUGAAGGAGGUUGAAGCCAAACAUGCUGCAGAAAAGUUGCUAGCUCGGACUGAAAUUAAAAUGGCUGCCCUUCCUGCAGAUAUUACUAAGUUUGGUAAGUAUAGAGAAGCAGAUAGUGAUGAUUCAGAUGUGUCAGACAUUGAUGGUAGUGAUAAAGAAGUUCAUGAUGAAGAACCAGAGAGAGGUGGUGUUGUUUUCACUGUUAUGAAGUAACAUUAAUAAGACUGUUGAAAUUAGAGAAUGUUCUUAAUUUAAACAUAUUUAUACGUUAUGAAUUUAAAUUUAGAACAGUCUAUGUUAAGGCAAAGCCGCAACAUAGACUAAAACAUUACACUUUUCAAAUAGAGUUAUAGUUCAAUUGAUGUGUGAUAAAAUCUAAAAAAUACUAAAUUAGAAGCCAGUGCAGAUGAUAAGCAUUAAAUAAGUAUAUAAAUAUGGCAAUAAUAACUAAACAAUAUAUCAUAGUCUGAAAGAAUUGGCUAUAAUUGAAUGGUUUGUAUUUUGAAACUAGUAGAUUGUUGAGAAACUAUUUUUGUUUAUGAAAUUAUGUA